CAAUGGUAAUUGCAAUGGCCGCAAGUCCGUAACAAUCGGCUUUUAAACGAGAAAAACCUGUCUUUCACAGUCGGUCUUGAUUUUUAAUUAACGAGUUAUUGCAGACGCUGUACUUAUUAUGGAUAAAAUUUAAAAAUCAAUCUCGCUAGGUUUCGAUAUUCAUAAAAUUUGCUCUCUUAUUAAGGUCGCUGGCCGCUGUUUUUAACAUUAAAAAUGAAUAAUUUAAUUAAAAAAUUCCGUUGCGUGAAUGUAAAGAGUGUAAUCGCUGUAAGACACGUCGAAACGAAUGCUAAUUUACUUGCUAAUUGCAUCGAAAUAAGAAACAAUAAUCCAAGGAAUUUAGAAUUAAUGACAAUUGCAAGAAAACCAGAAGGUUAUACUUUGGAUAAUCCUCGAAGUGGUAUUAAUUAUUGGAAUAAACUAGUAGUAUUGCAAACAAAACGAAGCGUAGAAGCUCAAAUACAUCAUUUCAGAAAUGGUCCUGUAAUUAAAGUAUCGUCUUCGGAUUGGUGUUUAAGAAAGUUUUUGUAUAGGACUUACGAUGUAGCGGCUUACGCAAAUAUUGGAAGAAUUCUAGCCCAAAGAUGCUUAGAAAGUGGCAUAACGCAAAUUCAUUGUAAUAUCGAGUCAGAAAGGAGUAGGAAGCACAAAGUACUUUUGUCUGCUUUAAAAAAAGGUGGAUUGAUAUUAUCCGAACCAAAGACAUACAAACACAAGUUCGCUUGGCACAUGAAAAAAUCUCUAAAGCCUUGGACGGUGUGAGCUACAAAUAUGAAGUGUUGUAAUUGUAUAUAAGUAUAAAUUUAAGUAUAAUGAGUUAUGCAAAAGUAAAACAAGCAUUUAAUACAAGAA